CUCCCAUCCGAUUUGCGCGCAAGUACUAUCGGCGACGCCCAGGCUGAAUUCGAGGGUCGUAUAAUGUUUUGUUUCAAUAAUGUCUUUAUUUGCUUCUCUAUCUCGGUUUGUAAAUGCAGCGGGUAUCUAUACGGUCUAUUCUGUAAGGGCCGGGCCCCAUCCAUUAGGUCAAUUUUGUGAACCGUCUUUCCCCUAAAUGUUCCAAUCCUUCCAUCCUCUUUCACAAAGGCAUCUUUAUUUGUCUCUAAAAUCUGUUUUAAUUCUACCAAUCCUUCUCUACUCAAAAUUGUUCCAUCCAACACUAUCCUUUCAAAAAUUGGUUUCUCAGGAUUACUUAUUGGCUCGUCUGGCAAUCUCUUUAUCCAAUUAGCUUCUUCAGGUAUUUGAUCAACUCUCUCUUUAAACUCUUUCCACUCUUCGUCAGUCAUAAAUGCUUCCUCUUUUUCUAUCACUGUCUCAAUUUUAAGCUCACUCCAUAUGGGCUCUAGAUUCGCUAAUUUCGAGUUUGCAUGUACUUUAAUUUCUGCAUUUCCAUAAUUUAAUAAUCUGAGGGGAACAAUUCUUUUGGCCAUUGGCUUAACCAAACAUUUUCC